AUGGACAAGUACAGACUCACGAACCUUGAUGUGGCGUGUCAGAACGCGCUGCAAGUUCUCGUGAAGCCGAGGUUCUACUACCUUAUCGAACCAUGGCUGAUGAAUGCAAAAGAGCAACAGAAAAAGGCGUUGAUCAUGGCAGCAGAUUACGUUGAAGGGAAGAGCUCGGGCACGCUACUGCCAGCUGUUCACAAAAACCGCCACGGGCUCAGACGUCCCAAGGAAACUUGUUUUCGAAGUCUAGACCAGGUGCAACAUGUGGAAGAAAGGCCAAAUGUGCUGAAGCGGGAAGGAACGAAGAAUCAAGUCCGACUCGCCAGCGAAGUUGCAGAACACAACAGCCUGACACUUCAGCCCGUCCAGCAACAAGAGUACGCCUUUCUGCUCCAUCCGGUCGCCUCUGCUAAAAUCGAAGACUGGCAGGUUACCGAGGGAACGGCUGAAGACAAAGCUAUGCUGGCUGAAGCUCUCAAAAGUCUUAUGCUUCUACGGGAGACGCUCCCUGGCUACGACGAGAAAUCGAUCCCGACUGGAAUCGAACCAACUGACCGUCUUUACCUCGAGUCCUACUGCAGACGGAUUCGAGCGGAAGCCAGUUCGGGACAUCUGCAGGCGCUUUCAGGAAGAGAAGCUCAGAACGGCCGAAAAGCACACCGGUUCGUCGGUCUCCGCACACCUCAUUCCCACUACCUGGAAAGUCACCUCUACUUUCCUUUUACAACCGUCGAUUUCACGACGACAAACCAGCGGAUGAUGAAGCCGCCUCCUCCAGGCCAUGGGUUAAUUGAUUCACCCCAGAAAGACAAGGAGAUAGAGAUGCUUAAAUCAAGCCUUAUUAGUCCGAUCAUUCUCUCGGAGAAAUUGGCGAUGCAGUAG